AUGUCCGCGCCCGGCGUGGGCGGGGCUCCGCGAGUAGUCAGCUUCCAGCAGCAUCAGCUGCCUGUACAGCAAGCACCCGUCGCCAAAGCAGCAGUCCACGUCCUGCCCGGUGCCUCACAGACACUUAGAGCAGUGCAGACGGUUCAGACACCUUUUCCGAACACUUCUCCGUGUCACCCACAGGUGGCACCUGUGCCGCAGGCCUUGGAGGCCAGGCGGUUGGUGGCAAGAGUCGGAGAGACGUCCGUGCCAUCACCGGCCGCACCCGGCGCUUGCGCUAGCAGCGCCAGCAAGUCCGCUGCAGCUGCGCGUACAUUACGCUUUGCCGACGAAGUUCCGAAUCAGUUCCAAGCUCAGGAACCUCAUGAAAAUCCUCUGCUGCUCCAAAUCCAGCGAGCGGCUCCAAAAUCGGUGCUCCGACGGACACAUCCGGGCCCUCAUGGCCAAGCAGUUGCAGAGUCUGUUGCGCCCAACAGCGCGCCCUACGCUGGUGCCCCAAGUGCUUGCACAGCGCUAGCAUGCAGAUCCGGUGGAUGCAGUCGCAGUGUGGACGCACACAGCCAGCCCAAGCCAAAUGGGAUGGCCUCAGCUUCCUCGAGACGACGACCUUUGCCUGAGCCAGAUCUAUUGGUUGUCAAAUUCCUGUAUUUAUCCCGAUUGCCGGCAGGAAGUUGGAUGCAGAACCCUGCACAGUACCAGCUCAGCCUUCAUGUUGGCGAGGAAGCCCGGAGUGAUCCUCCCGAUCGGCCGGGCCCAUUCUCUACUCCUUUUGUGCAGGCUGGGCCACCACAUCUGGUGCCACCAGAGGAGGCACAGCUGAAGCAAAGGAUUGCCUCAGCUGUUGAGGCCAUGGAGGGAGGGCAUGCUGGUCCUGCUGGUCCACCUGGUCCUCGCACUUCAGGGAAUACAGAAUGCAGGUUCAAGGCUCGUGUCUCCGUGCGACUUAGUGAAGCUGGGCCUGGGCCAGCAGCAGGUGGUCCAGUUUACUUCCGGGUAGACGCCUGGUCACUCUGCACAAGCCUGUUCGGAAGGCCGUCUCACCCGGAGCUUUUUGCAAGGGCCUUCGUGCCCAUAAAUGAGAGCAAGUAUCACAGAAGAGCUUGCACAUGGCCAAUGAUCGAUGCUGCGGGCAACGACGUGGCCUACCUCACCUGUGAGUUUUCCUUCGCGCGAAUUCCUUCUCCAGUUCAGGAUUUACAUGUGGACAGUGUCAUGGCGACGGAUGUGAAACUGGCAUGGUUGCCUCCGCCCAAUGAAGAUCGCGUCGUCCCGCUGAAGGGGUAUCGAGUCGAUUCCCGACUCCUCGGUCGGGGCAAGCGGCCCGGAGGAAGCUCCAGCUGGCUACAUGCUGGAGACAUUGAAGCUCGAGAGCAAAGCUUUGUUGCUUCAGGUCUUAAGCCCGACAGUUUCUACGCCUUCCGCGUGUGCGCGGUCAACGAGGUCGGCCUCAGCGAGCCGGAGGAGCUGGAAAUGCAAACCGGGCCAUGUGCCCCGGCUGGCUGCGGCCAGCCACGGCUUGCUGGAUGCAAGGGGCCUGUCUUGGCUGUGGAGUGGGAUCCUCCAAUGUAUGAUGGCGGUGCCAACUUAGUUGCCUACCGUCUCUGGGUUAGGCCAUUCUCCGCUAUCGACGCAGAUCCAGAGGAAUGGCUUGAGAUAGGACAUGUGAAGCACAACGCCAGCGGCGUGCAGCGUGCAGAAGUUCACACAGAGGACUUUGACCAGAGGAUCGGCCGAUACCUGUGCAGAGUUGCUGCUAUCAACGCGGCCGGCGAGGUUGGACCACCCACUCCUGACGCAGUGUCGCUGACCCUGCCGAACCCAUGUGCUGUCUCACGUCCAACGCCGGCGCCAAACUUGCCGCUGGCGCUGUCAGACGGACAAGGCUCCUUUGGUGCCCACAUGUGGUCCAAUACUGGUGGCAACAGCCUUCUGACCAUGACCAUCAAUGAGCCGGGAAAGAGGAAGGUGACCGUUCCGAUCUUCCAGGAUGGCAUGUCUGCAAUGGACUUGCCACUGGGCUAUUUUGGACAUGCUGAUGGAGCCGGACAAAGUUCGCUGACUUCUGAGCAGGCGUCCGCGAACGGAGCAGGUCAUGAUCUGGCACUACCAGAGUGCUUGGAUGCUAUGAAUUCAGGCUGGCCGCUGCCUUCCGAUCUGGAGUCACGACACUGGUACCACGAGGAUGCCUUCGGCUCCGAUCCGCUGGGCUUGCAGGACCCGCUCUCACAACGAGCUGUGGUACCCUACAAAGCAGAGGCCACGCCGCACCCCCUGGAGAAGUUUCACGCCGACCGGAACCAUCAGGCUGUUUCCAGGCUCAGUCAUGGAAGAGAGGCUUUGGACCAGGAGCUGUUGCAGACUGUGCUAGAUGAGAAGCGGGCUUUACUGGAUGCCAGCCUGCAGACUUUCCAGCAGCUUUCGGAGCAGCUUAGUCGAAGCCCGGAGAGUGAGACACUGCGCCAGCGGCAAGAGGAGUCCGAGAUUGAGGCCGCCGGCCUUCAAGCAGAGAUCGCCGUCACUUCUUCGCAUGUGAGGACAUGGAACCGCAUGGUGAAACUUUAUUUGGGAUGA